AAACAACCAGAACCAGCAAGUCAGGAACGGACUGACACUUCACUCGGAUAUUUCGAUGCAAUAAAAGUGUACACAAUGAUUCUGUUAAAGCAGUGACAAAAAUAAUUCUGAAAAAACUGUAACAGAUUCUUCUUGAAUGCAAAUAGCGUUGUGAUCUUCAAACUUGACAAUGUCGUCUGAAAAGAGUUCCAAUCCCCUGGAGCAGUUUGUUCUGCUGUCAAAGUCUGCCAAGGGGGCAGGAGCUGUGGAGUUGAUCAAACAAGCCCUGGAAGCCACAAAUGUGUAUGUGUUUGGGGAACUGCUCGAAAUGCCACACAUACAGGAGCUGGCCACAGGGCCUCAACAGAACUACUUCGCUUUGUUGAACUUGUUUGCAUAUGGAACCUUCAAGGAAUACAAAGAAAAAAAGGCAGAUUUGCCAGAGUUGACACCUGCUAUGCUUAAUAAACUGCGUCACCUUACCAUGGUGUCACUGGCAACAAAAACAAAGUGUAUCCCCUAUAGAGUGCUUCUACAAGAACUAGACAUUCCUAAUCUGAGGACACUUGAGGAUCUGAUCAUCGAGGUCAUAUACGCGGACAUCAUACGAGGCAAGCUGGAUCAGAGGAAUCAACAACUGGAGGUAGACUACGCAAUAGGCAGAGACAUCCAGGCCGACGCUGUACCAGAAAUCAUAUCUGUACUACAGGACUGGUGCUUGGGAUGUGAGGCAGUGUUGCAGGGUAUAGAGACUCAGAUCACAAAGGCCAACGCCAACAAAGACAACACGGUCCGACAGAGACAAAGAAUAGAACAGGAGAUAACAAAUAUUAAGAAGACGUUAAAAUCGACCCAUGCAGAAGAAGAGAGCAUGGUGACAGAGUCAGUGUCUGUAACAGCUGAAAAGCCUACUAAGAAAACAGCUAAAACAAAGGGAUUAAGAGGAAGUAGUGGCACAAAGUUGUGGAAGUGAAAGAAACUAUGUGUACUGUGAUGAAUUAUUGUGCUGAUGAAUUUGUUUUAUGUGGACAUGUAACAGCAGAAAGUAUUUGACACCUGCAAACUCUGAUGGGUGAAAGUACUGCAACGUCAAUGAACAUUCAGAGUUUUUUUAUUCUCAUGUUUAAUCAAAUGUGAAGAUGGAUUAUUCAAAUGUGAAGAUGGACAGUGUUGAAAAUAAAUAUGUCCAUGCCUGUUACCACCCUUAACUGUUGUUAAAUUAUUGCAUUGCAAAAGUCAUUAUUUGACAGUGCCUGUGUAAACGAAAUGUUCUCAAUGUAAUAUCUUGAUACAGUCAAGAUUCAUUACAAUUAAAUUUAUGAGAAUGUUUUUUUUCAAGUAAGUUUGUUAAGGUAGCUUGCUUAAAAAAGAAGAUUAGGUUGAAAAAAAAUAAUAAAGAAAACAAAAGGUGACUUCUCAACUUAAUGGUCCAAAAUGCCUUCCCAUGCUGCUGGCUAGAGGUGAAAAGUUAGACUUGUAUUUGAACAAACAUUAUGCAACUUUAUUAUUGAUUAUUUAUCUUCUGUAAAACAUAGAUUAAUAAAUAAGUGAUCAUAUUAAUUAAUGAAAGUCAAAUUUGUGUUGCUUCAAAUUGUAGAACAAUAGUUUUAUCUGGAUAUUAAAUUGAUGGUGGUCAAGUCA